UCGGCGUUUUUGCGACAGUGCUCAGAUCCAAGAUGGCGGCGGCGGCGAUGCUGGGGCCGAGCUGGGGGCUGUCGGGGGGCUGCCCGGACUGGACCCACCAGGCGGAGACCACCGGGACAACCAUCAUGGCUGUGGAGUUUGAUGGCGGGGUCGUCAUUGGGGCCGACUCCAGGACCACUACAGGGUCGUACAUUGCCAACCGAGUCACAGACAAGCUGACGCAGAUCCACGACCACAUUUUCUGCUGCCGGUCAGGCUCAGCCGCUGACACCCAAGCCAUUGCUGAUGCUGUCACGUACCAGCUGGGCUUCCACAGCAUUGAACUGGACGAGCGCCCGCUGGUGAAAACAGCCGCCAACCUGUUCAAGGAGAUGUGCUACCGAUACCGAGAGGAUCUCACUGCUGGCAUCCUGGUGGCCGGCUGGGACAAGCGCAAAGGAGGCCAGGUGUACUCUGUCCCCAUGGGCGGGAUGAUGGUCCGGCAGCCCUUCUCCAUCGGAGGCUCCGGCAGCUCCUACAUCUACGGCUUCGUCGACGCUUCCUACAAGCCCGGGAUGAGCAAGGAGGAGUGCCUGGCCUUCGCGGCCAACGCCCUCGCUCUGGCCAUGGACCGGGACGGCUCCAGCGGGGGCGUGAUCCGCCUGGCUGCCAUCACGAAGGACGGGGUGGAACGCAAAGUCAUCCUGGGCAACGACCUGCCUCGCUUCUCCUCCCUCUGAAGAGGGGCCGGGUGGGGGAGUGGGCGACGUGUUCGGUUUUCCUGUAGGUUUGAUGUUGUAUUAAAACACGGGAGUCCAAAGGG